AAGUAUACUGUACAUACCACAGCAACAAUCAGGCUUCACCUUAAUUUGAACAAUGUAUGCUAAAAAAAUUCUUAUUUGUGUUUCUUGCUUUCUAGAAUGUUAUUUCGUGCAUCUUUGAAACCAAGUAUUGCAAAAUUCUAUCCGGAGAAGUACUUGACAAGAAAGACACUGUUUAAGAGUUUAAUAUUUGCUGGAUUUCUAGAAUUUAUAUUCCUGAAAACUAGGACACUUUUUUGCUAAAUCUGAGAAUAACUCUAUCAGGAUAUCAGUGGUUGGAAUCGUUGUUGGACUGGCAAGUAACAAAAGAAUAUAUAAACAAGACAGGCUGGCCCAGCAGUUAUUCUUAUUUCAUAAUUUCAUUCUUUAGCAGAAACAAAACCAAAGAAAGAAAGAAGAAGAUUGAAAAGAUGGUGUUGUUUAGCAGAAGAGGAGCAUCUGGGUUCUCAGCAUGUAAUACAGCAGAAGAUGUAACUCUUGGAAUUGAUGGCUCUGGCCUUACUGCUAUUAUUACCGGAUCAUCGAAUGGUAUUGGCGCGGAGACUGCACGUGUUCUAGCAAUGCGUGGAGUUCAAAUUGUCAUGGCAGUGAGGAAUACGGCUGCGGGUAACGCAGUGAAAGAAACGAUAUUGAAGGAAACACCUUCUGCGAAAAUUGAGAUAUUGGAGCUGGAUGUUAGUUCCAUGGCAUCAGUGAGAAAGUUUGCGGAAGAAUUCAAGUCUUUGGGUCUUCCGCUGAAUAUCCUUAUUAAUAAUGCAGGAGUUAUGGCACUGCCUUACAAGCUCUCUCCAGACAAAAUAGAGCUUCAGUUUGCAACAAAUCAUCUAGGUCAUUUUCUUUUGACAAAUCUUCUGUUGGAGACCAUGAAAAAGACUGCAUCUCGAAGUAACAUAGAAGGAAGAAUUGUCAAUGUUUCUUCUGAAGCUCACAAGCUUGCAUAUAAAGAAGGGAUUCGCUUCGACAAACUUAAUGAAGAAUCAGGGUACAACAGCUGGGGUGCCUAUGGACAAUCAAAACUUGCAAACAUAUUGCACGCUAAUGAGCUCAGUAGACGCCUUAAGGAAGAUGGGGUGCCAAUAACAGUAAAUUCACUUCAUCCAGGAGCAAUUGUGACAAAUCUCUGGCGUAAUAGCAGCAUAUUUGGUGGCUGGGUAUCUAAAGUUGUUGUAGCUCCAGUUAGUAAGCUUGUGGGGAAAAAUGUUCCACAGGGUGCGUCUACAACAUGCUACGUUGCAAUACAUCCGAACAACAAAGGUGUAAGCGGGGAGUAUUUCCUGGACAACAACAUUGGAAAAACAACCCCACAGGGUAGAGAUACAGAACUAGCAAAGAAACUUUGGGAUUUCAGCAUGAAUUUGAUCAGUUGAACAACUCUCAGCCCAUGUGGCGGCGGCAAUGGUGGUGAUAAGUGUGUUUCAUGAUUCUCAUUAUAAGGGAACAUAAUUUUAUUUCAGUCACAGAAAGUAUUCUUAAUAGUUUGUCAUUACUACAUUAGUCUACAUUAACAUAUAUGUAUGUGAUUUUUCUCUAGGAA